AUGCCGACUACAAUUCUGCUUCUCCUCCUCCUCCCUCUCGUUUAUAAAUUCCUUCUCUCCCCCCUUCUCCCCCCCAGAAAUAUCCCAGGCCCCUUCUGGGCCCGGUUCAGUCGACUCUGGUACCUGAAUCUUGUACGCCAGGGCCAUUUCGAAACAGCAAACAUCCGUCUCCACGAGCAAUACGGUCCUGUGGUCCGCCUGGCUCCGAACCUCUAUAGUCUGGGCGACAUCAAAGAUAUCCGCAAUGUCUACAGUACCAGCUCCAAAUAUCCCAAGUCCGCCUGGUACGAGGCGUGGUCGGAUCCCGCGAAACCGUCUUUAUUCAGCGAACGAGACCCCAAGAAACACGCCGACAUCCGCAAGAAAUUCACCAGUCUGUAUACCAUGAGCUCGCUGAUCAAGUACGAAGAGCUGGUCGACUCGGCGGCGGAUCUGUUCCUGCUACGACUAUCCGAGUUUGCUGCCCGGGGGGAGACAAUCGAUCUGGCAUAUUGGUUCCAGUGUUAUGCCAUUGACGUGAUUGGGAAUAUCACCUUUGGACAACGAUUUGGCUUCCUUGAUAAAGGAGAGGAUAUCGCAGGCACGCUAUCGAUGGUCCCCAAAGUCUUUUCCUACGGCAGUUUCGUCGGUAUCUAUGCAGAAUGGCAUUCCAUCAUCUAUAACACUAUGAUCCGAUUCCGUUCCUCGGCCGCCAGUGGACGAGAAUUUAUUUUGCAGUUUGUCCAGGAUAAUAUCGACAGACAUCGAGAUACCCUGAUCAUCACGAAAGACAAUAACAAAACCACUCAAUCCUUCGUCAGUAGGGCGAUUAAUGCGCAAAAGACCGAUCCAUCUUUCACAGACGCCCAUGUCUUCAUGAUGAGCCAGUUGAAUGUCCUCGCCGGCACAGACACCACGGCCAUCAGCCUCUCGGCCAUUCUAUAUCUCCUACUGCAGUUUCCUGAAACGCUGGGGAAACUCCGCGAUGAAAUCCAAACUAGUAAAUGCAGCGAGAGAAUCACCUUCCAAGAAAGCCAGGCCAUGCCGUAUCUCCAAGCCGUUAUCAAAGAAGCUCUCCGUGUCCACAGCGCUGUCGGGGUGCCCCUUUGGCGAGUCGUUCCCGUCGGGGGAGCUCAGAUCAAUGGCCGUUUCUUUCCACCAGGUUCGCAGGUCGGUGUAAAUCCGUGGGUGGUUCACUAUAACAAGGAUGUGUUUCCGGAUCCUGCGUCGUUUCGACCUGAACGUUGGAUCGAUGCGGACGAGGCAAAUCUGAAGAUCAUGAAUGAGAUGUUCUUGCCGUUUGGUCUAGGCUCGCGAACGUGUAUCGGCAAACAUAUCUCUAUUCUAGAAAUGUCCAAACUCAUCCCUCGCUUGGUGAGAGACUUUGAUUUUUCCCCACAGGGCGAAUGGAAGACGUUGAAUAUGUCGUUUGUUAAGCCGGAGGAUUGGAGAGUCGCCAUUGAGAAAAGGCAGUGA